GUCAUAUACUAUUUGUUUAUCCUGUGCCUGGUCCCCAGCAGCCAUGCUGCUAUACAACGCCCUUUGGGCUCGUCCGAAGAGAUAGCUCCGAAGAAAGUUGCGAUUAUCGGUAAAUCACUCCCACUCCCUGAUGGUCGACUCGCAAGAACUGAUCGCUAGGAUAGGUGCUGGAGCUGCAGGAUCUUCUACUGCAUAUUCUCUUCGCAAGUAUGCUGAAACCCAGCAUGUCCCCGUCAACAUCACCGUCUUCGAACGCUCUUCAUAUGUCGGUGGCCGCUCUACUACGGUGAACGUCUUCGACAACCCGGCCUACCCGAUUGAACUGGGAGCAUCCAUCUUUGUCAGCGUCAACUAUAAUCUAGUCAACGCAUCCAGGGACCUGGGGUUGACCGCCCAAAGUGCCAACUAUGAACGAUCCAGAGAGACCGACGACACCAUCGGCAUCUGGGAUGGGAAACAGAUGGUAUUUGUGUUCAAAGAUACCUCGGGCUGGUGGAACCUUGCCAAAUUGCUUUGGCGAUACGGACUGGCCCCAGUCAACGCCUACCGACUGAUGAAGUCCACCGUUAACAAAUUCCUGCAACUCUAUGACGGGCCUCUGUUUCCCUUCCGGUCCCUCACUCUAGCCACCGAGGCCGUCGGGCUCCUGGACAUCGUCGCCGUCCCCGGGUUGGAGUUUCUGAGACUCAACCGCAUCUCGGAUCUCUUCUCACGCGAGAUCGUGCAGGCCAGCACGCGCGUCAACUACGGGCAGAACCUAGGCCUCAUCCACGGCCUCGAGACGAUGGUCUGCCUCGCCACCGACGGCGCCAUGGCCAUUGAAGGCGGCAACUGGCAGAUCUUCGACGGCAUGCUCAAGGCCUCCGGGGCCGAAGUGCGCAUUAACCACACCGUCACAUCCAUUAACUGGGACGGCGACAAGAACAACGACGGCCAGACCCAAUACCUUUCUCAUCACCGUCACCACCCAACAACCCUCACAUUCAAGGACGCCAGUCCCUCCUCCUCCUUUAACCAAGUCGAAGAAGACUUUGACGAGAUCGUCAUCGCCGCCCCCUUCCAAUUCACCAACAUCACCACCACUCCACCCCUCCAGACGCACCCCGAUGAAGUCCCCUUCGUGAACCUGCACGUAACACUCUUCUCCUCUCCGCACCGUCUCUCGCCGGCCUACUUUCACCUGCCCGGCCCGAACACCCCGGAAACCAUCCUCACCACCCUCCCCCACGGCCACGACCCUGCCCUAGACAAAGCCGAAAAGGGCGUCGGCCCCGCCAACUUCUGGAGCAUCAGUACCCUCCGUACCGUGGCUGCCCCGCCCCAUCGUCCAUUUUCCAGCCGCAAGCCAGACGACGAUGACGGCCAACCACAGCAGCAUUACGUCUACAAAAUCUUCUCCCCCGAACGGCCGACUGCGGCUUUCCUACGCUCGAUCCUCGGGCUCGUGGACAACCAGAACGACCAGGAAACUACCGCCGCCUCGACCAUUAAAGACCUCCCCAAAGAGGAUAUCAGCUGGUUUCACGAGAAGGUAUGGCAGCCUUACCCAUACGUCUACCCGCGGGUGACCUUCGAGGAGGUGGCGCUGGCGCCCCACGUGUGGUAUACGGGCGGCAUCGAGAAUUUCAUCUCGACGAUGGAGACCAGUGCAUUGAUGGGGAAGAACGUGGCGGCACUGAUGGUGAAGGGGUGGGAGGAGCAGAGAGAGAAGGCGGAGGCGGAAGCGUGGUCGAUGGGGUUCAGUCAGUUCGGAGACGGGAGGUCGGAGUUGUAGUAAUAACCAAGAAGUCGAAGAACCCGAGAAAGAUAUGCUACGGAUAUCAAUCUUACACCAUGAUCCCAUGAAUCAAAGUAUCAUCACCGAAUUGAACUACGAUGUGAAGCACAAGUGGAGAAGUGGAAACUUCAUAAAAUUAUUAUCUCUGAGUUAUCUGGUCAUAGACUCAGUCAAGGCGGUUAAAGCCAUUGAUUUUUCCAACCACGAACUUUUUUUGGUCCUGUUGAAGAA